AUGAAUGGGGUGGUGGCGGAGGAGGGCGCGAUGGCGCUCACGCCGGAGUUGGCGGGGAAGAUUGAACGCGCGGUGGAACGCGUCGAACGCGCGGAGGAGCGCGCCGAGGCGCUGCGAGAGGAGAUUAAAAAUGAGGUUUCGUCCACCGUUCGGGACAGCAUCACGGACGUGAAGACGUUUUUAGAGACGCAAAUGAAGGCAGAGUUGGCGGAAUUGAAGCAGAUGUACGCCGCCGGUGGAACGGCGAGUGGGGUGUCGUCGCCCGCGGCGCGCGCGAGCAAGGAUUGGCCGUUCAAGACGAGUCCGCAAGGGAGCGAGUCAGGGGAGAGUCUAGCGUUCACCCCAGAGCCGGCGUCGAGCGCGGGCGAGUUCACCUUAAAUACCGCGCCGCGUCCGCAAACGAGCGCGUCAGAAAAUCCAAACUUCUUUUCGGCGCAGCAGACGCAAAGACGACCGGGGCGAGACGAGUUGAUUGAUCCCCCGCAUCCGAGCAAUUUUAUGGACAUCUUAGAGAUGCUCGAAAACGGCAAAACGCCACCCGGUAUCAAAGACAUCGACGACACACCGCCGAAUCCGGACGCUGCGAUCCCUCGCUCGAGUGCGUCGCGCCCGGGCAAACCGUGGCAGUCCCCAGAGAGCGGUGCCAACGGGAAAGCGCUCGAAUUCGCCGACGACGAAGUCACGCAAGUUCCCAUCAGGCGAGUCAACGCAGAGGGUAGCGCGGAAUCGCCGUGGAAACCGCCUCCGGCGCCAGAGCUUUCAAAGUUGAUGUCCGUGACGACGACUGUGGGAAGUCAAUCGUCCGAGACUCCGCGGUCUCCGCGCCGAAGCGUAGAACACGACGCCGACCGAUUUACGAGAGAAGCGUCCACGGCUAGAUCUCCGAGCGCUAAAUUGGCGAUUUGA